AUGAAGACCUCUGCCGUUCUCCUCGCUUUGCCCGCCGCCUUGACGACUGCGCUGCCGGCCAGCCAAGGCGCCAAGGCCACCCGGCAGGCUGCCGCCAGCAUCCACGACGCGUUUGUGGCUGCAGGCAAAGAUUUCUUUGGCGUGGCGACAGACCAGGGCCUCCUCCAGAGUGGGAAGAACGCUGCCAUCAUUCAAGCCGACUUUGGCCAGGUCACGGCCGAGAACUCGUGGAAGUGGGGAAGCCUCGAGAGCUCCCAGGGCCAGUACAACUGGGCGCCCGCCGACUUCCUCGCCGACUGGGCCACGGAGAAUGGCAAGAAAAUCCGCGGACACACUCUCAUCUGGCACAGCCAGCUGCCCUCCUGGGUCGAGGGCAUCCAGGACGCCGACACGCUGCGCCAGGUCAUGCGCGACCACAUCGCCACCGUCGCUGGCCGUUACGCCGGCAAGGUGGCCCACUGGGACGUCGUCAACGAGAUCCUCAACGAGGACGGCUCCCUGCGCGACUCUGUCUUCUCCCGUCUCCUAGGCCAGGACUACGAGUUCGUCCGCAUUGCCUUUGAGGCGGCCCGUGAGGCGGACCCGGCCGCCAAGUUGUACAUCAACGACUACAACCUUGACAGUGCCGGCUACGGCAAGGUCAACGGCAUGGUAUCCAUGGUGGAGCAGCUCGUCAACGCCGGUGUGCCCAUUGACGGCAUUGGCUCCCAGACACACAUCUCGGGUGGUAUGGGCUCGGCUGUGCAGGGUGCCCUCGAGCAGCUGGCGUCGGCGCCCGUGGACGAGGUUGCCAUCACGGAGCUCGACAUUGCCCAGGCUCCCUCGGAUGACUACACGGCUGUGGUCCAGGCUUGCCUGAACGUCGACAAGUGCAGGUCCAUCACUGUAUGGGGCGUGAGCGACGCUGACUCCUGGCGCCAGGGAGAUAACCCUCUCCUGUUCGACAGCAGCUACAACGCCAAGGCUGCUUACGAUGCUAUCAUCAACAUUCUUUAA